AUGGGAGACUCAAGAGAACGCGAAAGAUUAAUAAAAUCCCACUUUGGUUAUACAAAUGAAGUCAAUCCCUUUGGAGAUACUCGUUUAAGUCAGCCUUUUGUUUGGACAAAAAAGGAUAGCCAGUCAAAUUCCAAUGUGAAUAGCGCCAGGACUAAAAUUGCUGAAAUAGAUGCGGUUAAAAGGAGGAGGGAGCAGAGAGAAUUAGAAGAGGCGCAAAUUGAAGCUCGAAAGGCCGAGAUUCAAAGGCAAAAGGAGUCGGAAAAUUACGUGGAUUGGGAACAGAAAGAAUCGGAAUUUUUCCAAAAACAAAUAGUUGUCAAAUCACUUUUACACAUAGAACAGGGCAGAGAGGAAUUUAUUGACGUUUUGGUCAAAAUUAUCAAGCUUUACCAAGGGCACAAAUUUACCAAUCCAACUUUACCCAGUUUGGAAGAGUUGUAUACCAAGUUUAAAGAAAUGACUAGUAAUGAAAUUACUCAAUUGUUCAACGACAUACAACAACACGAAUCCGUUGAGAGUAGUGACAAACUUUAUUGGAAAAAUAUCGCAAUUUAUUUCAAAGACAUUUAUAGGCGCAAAUCACAAGAAAACAUUUCAGUUGAAGAUGGAAUUCUAAAAACGGUGGCAGAAAAGGUGGAUCAGUUGCUUAUUAAUAAAAAUUGCGCACAAUUAGACGAGCUCGAAAGAGAUAUUGAGAAGAAAUUGGAUAGUGUGGGCCAAGGAAACGUAAAUAUAUCCUUUUGGGAAUCCGUGAUAAACAAGAUUCCGAUCUUUCGCGCGAAGUUAGAGUUUGAAAGUUAUUUUUCAAAAGCCAAAUUGGAAGCUGAAUUGAUUGAAUUUGAUAACAUGAAGAGGUUAAAACCAGAUCACAUUGUUAAACUUGAACCCGAAACUAUAAAGCAGGAUAAAAUUGAAACUGAACUCACUUCCCCCCAAUACAUGUCAUACUCCCCAGAUUUACUAUCUGAUGAUUGUUGUAUAAGUUGUAUUACUGAAUCCGAUUAUGAAAAACAACUCCUUGAAGAAAGGGAACAAGCGAAAGCUAGCCAAGCUGCAUUAGAAGCUCAAAAUGCUGCAAACGAUGAAAAAAGCAGAAUAUAUCGUGACUUCGAAGCUUUUGUUGCUAAGGAGAAACAGCAAAUGGAAAAGGAUGAACAAAUUAUGCAUGAUUGUGUCGAAGAGAGGACUAAUGAACACGAUAGGUUUUCACUACGCAAGCCUAGAUUCUUCAACAGAGUGAAGACAGGAUAUGACUGGACUAAGUACAAUCAGAUGCAUUAUGAUGAAGACAAUCCUCCUCCUAGACUGGUUCAAGGAUACAAAUUCAACAUAUUUUACCCUGAUCUACUCGACCCUACUAAACCUCCUCGGUGGACUUUGGAAAGGGAUGCCGAGUGUGGUGAUGCUGAGUUUCCCGAAACAACAAUUAUCAGAUUUAAUGCAGGGCCACCAUACCAAGAUCUGACCUUUAGAAUUAUUAAUAAAGAAUGGGCUCUCGAUAAACAUAGGGGAUUUAAGAACACUUUUGAAAAGGGUAUUCUGCAGUUGCACUUUACAUUCAAGAAGAUGAGGUACCGUCGCUGA